CUGGAAGGGACGUGGAGCGGGUCCUGGCCGUCCCGCCACAAGGACGAAGAAGGCGGCAGACUCGCCACGCUUCAUCUUUCCAAGCCACUCCCGAUGGGGCCCCACCUAUCUCCCACCUUCCCCCUCCGUUCUCUCCCUCGCUCGUAUGAGUGAACUACGAUCAUUACUUGAGAGGGCCAAGAAAUUGUGUAUGUUUUCGUUUUCUCCGCCGAACGCUGCUAUUCUCCGGGAAGUGGGGUUUUAGGUCGCAUGGACGAUCGGACAAGCAGAGAGUCGCAGGCAAAGGAAUUCGACGAUCCCAUGUUCAAGAAAUCGCUCUCCGAAUCCCUCAUCCCUCACCUUCUCAACCUAUAUGGUUCGCGGGCAACGGCUCGAGACUUUGAAAUAUAUGCUCUAAAUGCGACGUUUGAGGAUCCGCUCAUGUGUGCUCAUGGUGUGAAGCAGAUCAAAUCGGCAUUCUAUUCGCUCCCUAAGGUAUUCAGUGAAUCUAGAAUUGUGGAAUAUAGCAUACAGGAAAAUGUUAUUGCACCAGGAAAUAUAGAGGUUUUGAUUGACAACAAGCAACAUUACAAAAUUUUUGGCAGAGAUGUUGAUUUGACAUCACUUAUCAAGCUCAAUAUUGUAGAAGGAAAGGUUGUUCGCCAUGAAGACUGGUGGGACAAGAAGCCUCUGAAGAACAAGGACACAGUCAAGCUACCAUUGGUAGGACGACUAGCUGAAAUUACACGCAGGGGUUCAAUGCUUGUAACUCAUGCUAUGAUGGGUUUUGGCAAGGAUCCGAGCACAUAAAGUUCACUAUUAAAUGCUACCCAGACUUCAUUAUAGGUUUUCUGGUUAUCAUGUUCCCAAAUUUGAAAGAAAUUUGUUCAUAGACUUGUGUGUCUGCCGGGUUUGCUGGUGGUUCUGUGGUAAUGUUGUUGAUGUGAUGAAAAGUCGUCUAAACUUUUGCAGGUUUAUCUUGUCACUUGUUAUGUAGUGUUUGUCGAGCCA